AUCCGCCGGCAUUCGGUGAUGGCCCGACCUCAAGGUCUCAACGUCACUGCUGCCGGUAUAUCCAUCCACCUGCUCCGACUUCCCACGUCUCGCCCUGCCAAGACAUCCAUCCCACUCUCAACUCAACCUACCAUACCACACGACAUAAAUCGAGACACACCGUGUAGAGGCGACAAUGGGCUCGAUGCCUAUGCACCUUCUCGACAAAGCACUUUUUGAACCCCAAGCGAGCGCAAGCAGUAGCAGCAGUAGCAAAUUCGCAUUCGCUUAGAAGAGGAAUAAGCACAGGCACAGGCACAGGCACAGGCACAGGCACAGGUACAAUGCUCAUCCUCGUGUCUCUUCUCGCCUUCUUCCUGGGAGGUUAUGUGCACUACUUUCGGAAGGCCGAGGCAGCGCUCGGCGUGCACUGGCAGCCCGAUGCCGGCGCCCGACUCUUCAGCCAGCGACCGUUACCGCCCCCGAUCCCCGACACUAGCAUCGCCACCUACGCACUGCCGCUGUCGACCAAAGGCCGCGAUGUCGUCGACACGAAGGGGAGGCGGUACAAGUUGUCAAGCGUGAACUGGUACGGCGCCAGCGAUGAGCUCUUCGUACCCGGCGGCCUCGAUGUGCAGCACCGAUCCGUCAUCGCCGAGACGAUCCGCAUGCUCGGCUUCAACAGCGUGCGUCUCCCGUACGCCGACGAGAUGGUCAUGGCGAACCCGCAAAUCCUGCCGCACCUGUUGACGGCAAACCCAGACCUAGUGGGAAUGCGCGCCCUUGAUGUCUACGAGGCCUGCGUCACCGCCUUGACCGAUGCUGGCAUCGCCGUCAUCAUCAACAACCACAUCACCACGGCCACCUGGUGUUGCGGCGCCGACCCCUGUGACGCCGGCUGGGCCAACGAUCACCUGGGUCCCAUAUGCCGCGUGAAACAGAGUGAGGAGGAGUGGAUCCAGCACUGGGAGACGAUUAUGGAGCGCUUUGUCGACAACCCGCGUGUCAUCGGCGCCGACCUGCGCAACGAGGUCCGUGGCGUCUGGGGGACCAUGCCCUGGAACCGCUGGGCCACCGCCGCCGAGAAAUGCGGCAACCGUCUGCUCAAAAUGAACAGCGACUGGCUCAUCAUCGUGGGCGGCACGGAAUCGGGUAAUGACCUGUUCGGCGCGGCGGCCCGGCCCGUCAAGCUCGACGUCGAUAACCGCGUCGUGUACUCGGCACACGUGUACGCCUGGUCCGGCUGGGGCAGCUCCGAGGGCCGCUACUCCAAGCGCAACUACGCCUCCUUCAUUCGCGCCAUGCGGCGCAACUGGGCCUACCUGGUCGAGCAGGAUAUUGCGCCUGUAUGGGUUGGCGAGUUCGGGGCCCCGCAGCAGCCCGGGGCGGGAGACAUAAACUACUGGCAAAACCUUCUGCGGUUCCUCAAGAUGCUCGACGCCGACUUUGGGUACUGGGCUGUCAACCCGCGCAAACCCAAGGACAACAAGAAGGAGACGUACUCUUUGGUCGAGGAUGAUUGGAUCACACCCAUACUAGACUACAGGAUGAAGGACAUGACAGAGCUGAUUGCCGGGCAUCAUGGCGGCGGCAGUGAUGAGAAAGAUGAUGUAGACGAUCUGUGAACUAUGCCGCUGCGCGCGCGUAUUUGACUAUAUGACAAUUAUGGUUGGAGUUGUUGGUUCCAAAAAGCAUUGCUUUUCGGGCUGUAUAUACAUACACUAUUUAAAGUGGUCAUCACUGACGGCAUUAUCCGCUGUCAUGAACAAAUGUCAGGCGUUGAUGCCAUCUUGACGCACGAACUCGGAAGUUGAAGUUUCAAACUCGAAGUUAGGUAAAUACGUACGCACAAAUCUACUGCAAUUUAGUCUAGUUGUC